AUGCACGAGGUCAUUUCAACACCGGCGGCCCAGAGCCAACCUACAAAAAAGGCGGCGCUUGUACAGGAACGAAAAUACAAAUGCGCAUACUGUUCAAGAGCGUUCAGCAGGUCAGAGCACAGGAGCAGACAUGAGAGAUCACAUACAAAGGAGCGACCUUUCAAGUGCUUAAAGUGCCGAAGCACCUUCGUCAGGAGAGAUCUGUUACUGCGACACGACAGGACAGUUCAUGCUAAGGAUGGCGGUGUUCCACUGCACAGUGAAGUGAAGAGAAGAUCUACAAAGAAUGCUACAUCAGCACCAUCAAAACCAGCUAUCACCAUUGAACAAGCUGCCAUCGAGCAGCUAGAAGCAAGUAGUGAUGGGAUGGUAGAUUUGGAGACAGCUGCGGCUUUGAUGACUGAGCUUCAUCAUGCUGCAACUGCAGCGGCAGCGAUAGAUGAGCAGGAAAUGCUAUUGCAAGAGAAAUCAAGACGUUCAAUGUCUUCAAACCCCGAAUCUGUGUUCGAUCCCUCUGUGCCAUAUGCGCCUGGUGUAAUUCCGGUUCAAAACAUGUCCACCUGGGACCCUCCUACUCCUUCGUCGACCACAGGACCAGAACCCCCAAGAAGCCAGUAUAUGUCAAGUUCUCAGUCUUCCUCGCAUGAGUCGGGAAUGACAUGGAGCUCAAACAGCUUACAGCCGCCUUCUUACCGCAACACCAUGGAACGAUCUCUCUCCGCUGAUCCUUCGCGAGGAGGCUCGACUGUGACGCCAACUUCAUACGCUUCUCCGAAUCCUUGGUUCACGGGCCCUCCAUCACCCGUAAAUCCGUGUGGUGUCAGUGCUUCAUCACAGACUACCCCCCCACCAACCCCUCCAUCAGUAGACUCAGACCAUGACAGAAACAUGGUGCUAGAUAACAUUCGUGAAAUCGAUGUCGAUCGCGCUGUGCUUGACAAGUUCCGUUUGCCGAGUAAAAGUGCCUUGAACAGAUAUCUUUCUGCCUAUUUCAAUCUCUUCCAUCACCAUUUCCCAUUCCUCCACCCAGCAUCAUUUAGCCCAGGAAAGGUUGCACCGCCUUUGUUGUUGGCCGUAUUGUCUAUUGGUGCUUUGUACACAUUCGAGAAAGAACAAGCUUAUACACUGCAUCUGUCUGCGAAGGUGUUGGUAAACAACUUCCUUCACCGAAACCAAGAAUAUAACUCGCGUAACUGCCCGUUAUGGACUACCCAGACCUUAUUGCUCAACAUGGUGUUCGCAAGCUGGAGUGGUGACGCAAAGGGAUUGGAAUGGACCUGUUCCAUCAAGAACCUCCUUGCAAAUAUGGUUGCCGGUGGCAGGUAUGAAUUGCAACUGAGGACUGAGCAGCGUGGGGAUGAGUUGCCUACUCGUGAAGAGUGGAUUGAGGAAGAGGGCAGCAAGCGAACAUACUUUGCUGUAUACGUCUUCUUUGGUCUUCUCACAUUGACAUACAACCACCUCCCUGCGAUUACUUAUAAUGAGUUUGAUUCGCUUCCAUUGCCUUGCUCUGAAACCUUGUGGAAUAUGGAUGGUUUUGAUGAUCACAGCUGGCGGGAACACCUCGUCAACGCUUCACUCCCCACUUUUAAAGAAGCUCAUUCGCGUCUUUUCAGAGGGGAGCCUCUUCAGUACAGCGCUUUUGCUGCACGCAUUAUGAUCAAUGCUCUGUUCAUCGAGGUUUGGGGCGUUAAAAGAAGUCCCGAGAUCCUUGACUCGGUUGUGUCUGAAUAUCGUGAAAAGCUCCGCGUCGCGCUAGAUACCUGGCAAAGAGCUUUAGAUUAUUGCACACCCGAGACUAUGAUCGUUCCCUUGACCGCUCCUCAAAAAGGUCACCCUCUGGUCUUUAACGCCAUGGCUAUGUACCGCUGUACCAUCGCAAGGCUUGAGGUUGACCUUGUUUCCGUCCAGGAAGCACUUCGCUUCCACAACCCUAAUGAUGUCGCUCAAGCAAUGACUUCUGCAGCUCAUUCGAUACCCAGAUCGGAUGCCAUGACGAGGGUUAUUCAACAGUGUUUUGAGUGUUUCCAGAUACCAGCGUUGAUGGGUAUCCGCUGGGUCGCGAGAACCUCUGCCCUAAACUGGAGCGUAGAGCAUCCGCUUUGUGGGUUCGAACUCAUGUUGAUCCUGAGCUUGUGGUUGUACAGACUCGAAGAGGAGAGUGAGGUUCAGCCACCUACCGAGGAGGAACAGGCGAUGUUGACUAAAGUGAGGGAUCUGUUUGAUGAUGAUUCAGUUGAGUUGUACGGAUCGAGGCUGAGUGCUGCUGUUGCUAUGGUCUGGGGAGGCAUGGUUGAUGAAGUUGUUGUUUGGGGUAUUACCAAAUUGCUUGGCGAAUCCUUCAAAGUUCACUCUCACACGCUCGCUCUGGGUGACGACAUGGGAAUGACCAUGUCUUCCUCUUCUUCGCCCACGCCUGAGGCAGAAGACGAAAUGGAGAGUGAACUCGAAUAG